AUGAACCCCACGCUCAGGGCCCUCCGCACCUACACCGUCGAAUUCGCGCUCUGGAUCCCCGCGUUCAUCUUCAUCACCGAGCACGUCGCCUCCCUCGAGACCGUUCGCGGGCGCAGCAUGAGCCCCACGCUCACAGACGACCUCAUCCUCGUGCGGCGCUGGCGCGCCGCCGAGAACCUGCGCCGCGGCCAGGUGGUGCUGUAUCGGUCGCCGAUGGAGCCGGAAAAGGUCGUGAUCAAGCGCGUGGUGGGACUGGAGGGCGACGUGAUCAGGACGAGGAAGUCGUGUGCCGAGCGGGUUGUGACGGUGCCGCAGGGGCAGGUGUGGGUUGAGGGGGAUGAGGCAUUUCAUUCGGUGGAUAGCAAUAACUAUGGGCCUAUCCCGUCAGCAUUGAUAACAGCAAAGGCCACGCACGUGCUGUUCCCGCUGAGCAGGGCGGGCCGUGUGGCAGAGGACUUUAAGGGCCGCAGGGGCGCCCUGAUACACAAAGCCCCCGACCAUGAUGGAGUUGAAGGGGCGUCCUGA